CAUGCACACGCACAGUAUACAGAAGCGCACAUUGCAUUGCGCUAGCGUACACAUUGUUAUUGUGUUAAUUGUCUACACUGAUGAAGUCAAGCGUGUUGAACAGUAUGAGGAUAAACUGCCUGAAUGUCAUAUACUGAUGGACAUCACCGGAUUUUUAAAGUCUAACCCGUACAUUAAGGCAGACCAUAGAUAACCGCAGCUAUGUAAAUGCCUCGCGGCACUGGAGCGGUAUUGUCGCGCGGAGAAACACAAGGAUCUAAUUUAUCCCAAAUAAUGACGAUACAGCGGAUGUACAGAUUAUAACGCUACAAAAGGCAAGACUGAAAAAAGCAAAGAGGAUGAGGAUACCAUCACCAGGCUUUCUUUGCUCAGCCCCAGAUGCCUCCGCUCCCUCUUGACGAGCGUAUAGUGGUUAUUCAGCGCCCCAAAAGUUUGGCAUUGCGCGUGGCCUCCCCACCAGCCACAUCGCAGUCUUCCUCCCACCGCCCAGCCAAUCACAACGAGCCCCCACCCCGCUUACCACAACCCCAACUCCAACCACCCCGUUCCUAUCCAAGUUCCAACUACUUGUCUCUGGAAUGCAAUCGCAGGCAAUCGUCCCAUGUUCAGAGAGAUAAAGGAGAACGAGGGGCUCCCUUUGAGGGCAGCGGCCACAAUGCUAGCCAUUGUCACAGCAAUGGGAUUGUAACUUUAGGUCCCAGACCUCACAACCACACUCAUACCAUUGACAUUAAAGUGUCUUUAGACCAAGGUGGAAGAGGAGGAUCUUACAUAGACAAAGGCCGCAGCAGUAGUCUUACCCGAAGUGGAAACAUCAAGGGGAACAGGACUAAACGGGUGUCCCUGCACUUGGAUUCAGGGCAAGGUGAAAGGAAAUGCAAAGGAAAGUCUUCCGAGUCAGUGGAGAAGCACCAGAACCAUCAUCAGAGUCAAAACAGGACUCAGCACAGUAUCCAUCAUCCAAACCAACUUACAGUCUCUCCUGGAGGGAUCUUGGAAUUUGUUCCUGCCCAAAAACAGCAGUCAAAAUCCAAGCCAACCAGAGAGAGAGAUUUGUCAUCAAAGUCUUGUUCUGCAACUGCCAACUACUCAUUGCACAGUGAGAGGGACGGAUCAUCUUUAGGAAACAAAGAAAACUCCAAACUGGGACCCGGCCACCAACUGCCCCAAGCCCACAGCCUAUCCCGUCACCAGAGUUCAGCCCCAUUACCCCAUGCUGCCAUCCUAAGCCCUCACUACCCUGCUGUUCCACCCUCACUCCCUUCCCAAGCCCCUUCCUCCUACCAGCACAUUAGCCAACCCCGUCCCUCACGCACUAGAGAACAUCGUCCCCAAAUUCUUCACGCUUUGCCUCUCUCUCCUACUUCCUCCCGAGGAGGCUUCCCCAGUCCUGACCACACAUGUACUAUUGACUUUUCCCACCCUUGUGGCUGUUGGAGGUUGGUGCGUUGUAGAAGAGGUAGAGGUAACUCUGCUGGCUACCACGGUCGUAGUACAAGCUCAUCCUCUUCGUUUUCCCACGCCCAAGGAACAAGUGCUGCCAACGGAGGUGGCGAAACCAUGGGAUUGAAGAGUUUAGGAGGGUGUCUGUCAACUGCUUCCACCACCAACACCUCCUCUUCAAACAGCACUGUCUCUGACUGUCGAACAGGGCUGCUCAGACCUUUAGGUUGUGCAUCCUGUUCUGGAGAAGCUGGAGGUUUUGAGAGCCCUGCAGCUUUCCGUAAGAAGCUGGUUGGUGGUUGCUUACCCUGUGCUCCCCUGUCCUCAUCUGCACCUCUUCGAGCACUCCAGAGUUGUGUCAGUGGGUGCAAUCCCAAAGCAAGCCAAACUGGCAGCUCCACAUGCAGCUACUGCAGUAGUGACCCUAUUGUAGUGACCUUUAACCCACACAGAGGGAAUCCUCCCAACAUGGGCCGUAAUAUUGGACCACAUACCAUGGGAGGAUACCAGCCUGAUGAUGACGAUUACAGUGUACGCACAAUCUGGCCUGAGGAGUUAGCAAAGAAGAUGACUCGUUCUAAAACCCAACCUAUCCACCAUAAUGCAGGGAUUGGCAUGGGCUCAGGAAGGACUUGCAUGGGCCAAAACCAAAAUAGUGGCAAUAGCGGAAAUCCUGUAAUCCUUGACUGCCGGAACCUUAUGGAGUUCACUCGCUCCCAGUUAACAGAUCAGGCAGGACGACGUAGGCUCCAGCAAGGCAAGAUGGCAGUUUUGGACUUUAUUGGAUCAGGGAAUAGUGGGGACCAGGGCAGAGAUUCCCUCAAGAGGCUAUGGAACAAAGGAGCAGAUGCUUGCAUGGGGGAUGGCAACGGGUUUGAUGACGAAGUGCUUCCACAAUCCCCAUCCCUACGAUCUCCUUCUCCAAAUUCCCCCCCAUCCUUCUCUCCCCCACCCUCUGCUCCUAGCACACUUAUUAAGCCCAAACCCAAACAGAGAGAGAGGGAAGGUGGACACACCUUACCCUCUGCACAGUCCCUCCACUUGGUCCUCAACUCACUCAACAGAGAACAAGAUGAGGAAAAUGGACGAGUGCACCUUUCCCUCCCUCUUUCCUCCUCCCUCCCAGCGUCACUGUCUGAGGAGAGUGUGAUGACCCCAGAUGUGGAGAAUGCUGUGAUCAGCCCCAUCCUCCCUUUCCUUUUUCUGGGUAACGAGAGAGAUGCAGAGGAUUUGAAUCUACUGCUUCGUCUCAACAUUGGUUUCGUGGUCAAUGUCACAACCCAUCUUCCCCUCUACCACCUGGACACAGGCUUGGUGCGUUAUAAAAGGCUCCCUGCUACUGACAACAGCAAGCAGAACCUGCGACAGUACUUUGAAGAGGUUUUUGAGUUUAUCGAGGAAGCGCACCAGUGUGGGCGAGGUGUUCUUGUGCACUGCCAAGCAGGUGUGUCCCGCUCAGCGACUAUUGUCAUUGCUUACCUGAUGAAGCACACCCUCAUGACCAUGACAGAUGCCUAUAAGUAUGUGCGGGGUCGGCGACCAAUAGUCUCCCCCAACCUCAACUUCAUGGGCCAGCUGCUAGAGUUUGAGAGAGACCUCAACUCUGGGGUAACACCUCGCAUCCUCACCCCCAAACUGAGUGGCCUGGAAACACAAGUUUAAAAGAGUGGACCAAGAAAGAAAAAAGAAAACAAGAGGGGAGAAGGAGAUAAAUAGAAGAUGGAAUUAAUGGAGAGAAAUGACUGGAUAGAAAAUGAGGGUAUGAUUAAAGCUGUUUAACAAAAACAAAUAGUUGAGAUAAUAUAAAUAACCAGAAGAUGAAAGCAGUUUAAAAGAAAUCGAGAAAAAGAGUCUUUGGUCUAUUUUAAUUGAAGAACCUCCGCUCUUUUAAAUAUAAAUAGCACUUAUAUUAUUUGGCAAAUGGAUAUUUGACCUACCCACCCUGAUAUUCUGUUAAUGAUGUGCCAAGUUUUAAUUCAAAAUAACUCAAUUCA